AAGAAAUAGGGAAAGCAGUGAUGCCAUGAUGACAAAUCGCAAUUAGUAGGAUUACUAAUCACGAGAUUCAUAAGCCUAGUUUCAACUCAAUUCUCCAGCUCCAUCUCCACCUUCCAACGAUUACUGAACAACUUCUCGGUUGUUAGACUAGUAUGUUCUAAGUCCUGUAGCAUGGGUAAGUUGCCUUGCACUUUUCAUUUGCUCCCCAGAUCUCCAUACCGUAUAACACUGACCAAAACAUGAGAAUAGUUAGUCUUUUUCUUGGUAGUACACCAGAAAAUCUCAUCUACUAAAUAUGUGGUGGAUCGGCUCAAUGAUAUCCCGGUGUGCAUACAGAGGAGCAUUUGAUUAGAAAGCACAGAAAUAUCAUUUUCUUCGCACCGAGUAGCCGGUGUGGUUUCUAUAGGUCUCCCUGUACUCAUUCCACAAUGACUCCCUCCCCACGGGAGCGCGUCUCUCGAGCCUGCGAACAUUGUCGUUCGCGGAAGAUUAAAUGUAAUGGCGAACAGCCAUGCAACGCGUGCUCACGAAACCCUCAAAGAUGUGCCUAUCGGACAGGUAGCAUACGUAACAGAAAGAGCCGCCAGAGCAAAGAACAACCACGGGCCCCGGCACCAUUAUUACCGGCCCCACAGUCCCCAGCACCACUGCGUGGGGAUUACUCAAAUAUUCGCCUCAUUGACGACCCCGCCCACUACAAACGACAGUAUGAGCUGAGGGCCGGCAUUGGGGUAUCAAAUCCUGAGAGCGGAAACUUCCAAUUCUACGGUCCGUCAUCUGGGUGCGCUUUCCUUCAAAGAAUCUACCAAAGAAUUCAAAAAUGCCCUUCUCGUGAAUCAUUACUCACAUGUCGUACUGGACCGAUACCCGACGGCUUGCAAAAAUGGGGCAUAGAGAGAUUUAUGUUUACCGCCGAUGCGGACGGAGACCUGCGCCGGUCACGCUUGGCAGCGGAGGCUUUCCUCCCUCAAUGUCUAGGCGAUAUGUUUAUUGAGGCGUAUUUUAGAAUUGUCCACGCACAGAUGCCGGUGCUCGUAUACUCAGACAUCCUUGAUUCGUGGAAUCAGAUGUGGGAGACUCCUAUACGAGGCCGGCCGGUAAAAAACCAGGAAAUCCUAUUCAUGGUCUUAGCCCUCGGGGCGCGUGUGAUCAGGCUAAAGAAAAGCGAGCAAGAAAAUCGGGCGGACGAAUGGGCCGAAUAUUUCUCCAGUCGAGUGUCCGAAGGUUCUAUUUUCAUGCAGGAGCCGAGCGUAAAAGGUGUGCAUCUAAUGUUGCUGAAGGCCAUGUACUCUCUACAACUCAUGCGGCAGAAUGAUGCGUAUCUGUAUCUCGGUCAUGCUACUAGAACCGCCAUGGUAUUAGGCCUUCAUCGAUCCCAAGUUACUAACGGCCGAGAACCAAGCAUGCACCGGUUGCGCCAUACUUUUUGGAUUAUGUAUAUUUUCGAGCGAUUAUCAUCCGUGUAUAUGGGCCGGCCUUCGUCCUUGUCUGAUAACCAGAUAGAUACGCAAUAUCCUGAAGACAUACCGUCCUACAAGGACGAGCUUUUUCAUCUCCCAGCAGUCGAAUGUACGUGGACCAGGGUUAUGGCUGAAAUUGCCAAGUUGGCCGAUCACAUCUCUGUCGACGUCUACUCACCCGCUAGCAUCAAGAGUCUUGCGGACACAGCAAAGGUGGAGCAGACGCUCCUCGAUUACGACGCGGCCUUGCAAGCUACCACCAGAUGUCUGCCGGAGUACCUGCACUUCUUCGAUGACUCCGUACCGGUCGGUGAAGACUGGCAAGAAAUUCAACGCCUCAGUCUAGGAUUCGCCUACAAUAUAGUGCGCAUGCUUUUGUACCGACCGGCUCUGGUGUUGACCACAUUUUUCACCUCGACGAGCGAAGCACAACGCAUCGCCGCAGGCUGUCUUCGUUUGCAAGAGUGCAUCGAUAACUCGACGACGGCAGCACGAAACCUGAUCAGCUUGGCCCACGACGUCUAUUUUCAGCGGUUCCCUGACAUCCGGUACGACGGGGCGCUGGCUUCCUAUAUGGUCUCCGCAAUUAUGACCUUACUGUACGACGUCUUGAACCUGGGAACCGAACCGGAUAAGGCGCGCGAAACAUUUGCGUUGGUGGAGCAGGGUAUCCGAUGUUUAGAUGACAUUGAGCAUACCGGAUACACUGUUGGGAAAGUUUUAAGUAUGGACCUGAUGAAGGUGGCCAAGCAGGCGGUUUUGGCAGCGGAUCCAGUGGUGGACACGAAUCAAGUUUUAGUUGAUUCGUUCCCUUGGUUAGAGAACUGGGCCCCUGACAACACGAUUAAUACCCCCAGUACUGUUCCAACGCCGCCGAUAUUCCCUCAGAAUGCAGCCUUUCCUAUGCUUGGAACGCUUGCAGGAGACGUUGCGAUGCUGUCGGGAUCUGGGGUUAAUUGUCAAUGGUUGAGCAAUGGCCUGGAUCCGAGGAGCAUCCCUGGAUGUUUAUACUGAUCAAGAAUAAUUUCCUAUAUACAUGAAGGUCAAUAGACGGCGAACAUAGAUAUAAAUUUAAGAUAAUCCACCGGUCUAAUAACAAGUAUACAAGGGGGUACUUAAAACCUUCCAGGAAACCAUCUAGCUAUUCACAGUAGGCGGUGUCUAGUAUAGUGCAUUCA